UUUUUUUUAGGCAUGGCAAUAUCUGGGAACCUGUCAGGCAGAGAACGAACAAGAGUUUGCAGCCAUCAGUGCCCUCCGCAGAUGCAUAGAGUUGAAGAAGGACAACCUGACUGCUCUGAUGGCACUGGCCGUCAGUUUCACCAACGAAUCGCUGCACAGGCAGGCCUGUGAGACCCUUCGCGAUUGGCUGAGGCACAACCCCGCGUACCGGCCAGUCUUGGAGCAGAGUGAACGGGAGCGAGAGAAGGACGGAGAGGCCAGAGAGAGGGAGAGAUUUGGCUCACUGCUGCCAGAAUCUUUGUUUACAGAGGUGCAGUCCCUGUUCCUCAGUGCGGCGAACUCUGACCCCGCCCGCGUCGACCCCCAGCUACAGUGUGGCCUGGGAGUCCUCUUCAAUCUGAGCGGGGAGUAUGACAAGGCCGUGGACUGUUUCACUGCAGCCCUCUCUGUCACACCACAGGACUAUCUGCUAUGGAAUAAACUGGGCGCCACCCUGGCCAAUGGAAGCCGCUCAGAGGAGGCUGUUGCCGCCUACAGGAGGGCGCUGGAACUGCAGCCAGGCUUCAUCCGCAGUCGGUACAACCUGGGAAUCAGCUGUGUCAACCUAGGAGCCCACAGAGAGGCCGUGGAGCACUUCCUGGAAGCCCUGUCCCUGCAGCGGCAGGCGUCGGGUGAGACGGUCGGUGCAAGCCGGGGCCCGGGGGGCGCCGCAGCCACCAUGAUGUCCGACAACAUCUGGUCCACCCUGCGCAUGGCCUUAAGCAUGAUGGGAGAGAGCUCGCUAUACGCGGCGGCCGACCGGCGAGACCUCGACACGCUGCUCUCCCACUUCUGUCAGAGGGAGGGGGAAGCGGUGGGGGAAUGAAGGCGUGGGAGGGCCGAGGGAGGGAGAGGGGCAGGAGGAGAGGUGAUAGAGUGUGAGUGCUCACUUACGGGAGGAAGGUGUCUGGGAGAGGUAGAUAGAGAAGUCCCCUCCACAAACAACCCCCUAGCCCCUAACCCUAUAGGCACUUCAUAUAGAUCUGAAAUGAUUGGAUAGGUAAAAACAACACGGAAGUAGCUCCAUACGUAGCAUUUCUGCCAUCUUGCUUAUAACUAUCAGGGUUGGGGUCAGUUUACUUCCUGAAUUGAAAUGGAACUGACUCCAACCCUGAUACCUAUCCAAUCCUUUCAGGAAGAGAGGGAGGAUGAUGUGUGACAAGGGGAGUAGUCUGAAAGGGAGGAGAGGUGAGAGAGACAUUUGUUGUGACUAUCAGCAACAAAGGGAAAUGCGGAGUAUACACCAGGUGUAUUGAAUACAUACUAUUUCCUCCCCUGAUCACUCUAACAUAGCCUGGUUGCCAGUUGGUUACUUCAUUGUCAUUAUCACGUUUGACACAAAGCAGAAACAGACUGGCACACAGGCUAGUUCCCAAAUGUCUGGUUAGUUACCCUCUGGUGCAGGGACGUUCUUGUUGUGUUCCUCAUAAUCAGAGGCAUCAUCAUGCCUUUGAAACUGAGGAGGCACGUGACUCCCUUAGUUUCACUCAGCCCUAUGAACUAAGGAUGUAUACUAGUGCAAAGUUUGUACCUUAUGUUUUCCAGAGGGAAUAAAACACUGACGUGGUAGAGCAAAAGAUCAAGUUGAGAUUAAUGUUACUGUAAUGUAUAGAAAAGAUAGGCCCAUGUUUGUUUGGAGGAUCUUUGUUUUUCCUGUUUUAUUCCCCCAUGAAAAUAGAAGUUCAAAGUUUGGAUUAGUCGAAUACUUAGCAAACCUGGCUUACUGAUUACGAAUCAAUUGCUGAAGAUAAAAAGAGACCAUUAGAGUAAUAUAGAUAUCUGGUUUUGGAGCAGGGGUGCUGAACUCCGGUCCCUGAGAGCCAUAGUCUGUUGGUUUUUCGUUAUUUUAUUUUGAUCAGAGAAUGAAUUAUACUUGGGUACUCAGUCCAAUCAAUGAAGUACUCGAGAGAAAGGAAAGAGUGCUGACAUGAGUUGUACACACCAGAGUCGAAUUCACUAGUAGGAACCCAACGGAAGCAAACGGGGAGGGACCUACCUGAAUUUGUCUGAUAAGAAACGCUUGUUUUCAUUUUCUGUUGCUACGGUGUGAAAGAAUGAAUGUGACUCAGCUUUGGACAGAGGAUGACAUCAGUGCAAAGGUGAUGGUGUACCGAAAGAGGGGUCUUUGCACUCCUUCCCUCCCUCAACCCUUUUUUCUUCAGUCAAAUGCUCUUGUUGUAAAAUAAUUAGCUUAAUUGUAAAAUAAUGCUUUUUGCCAUAUUGUCUGUAUGAUAAUUAUUGUACUGUUUUCAAAAUAGUUAACCAGACUGUAAUAAUUAUUAAUGUGAUAUUCAGCAAUAAAGCUCUGACUCCAAAAAUG